UAGAACCCACAUAACAACGCUCAGGUAGCCGACUAGUUAAUUGGCGCCAACUUUCCUGCAGGCAAACGCUUCUCAAGUUUUUCCUCAGAAAAAUGUAUCAUGCGUAUUUUAAGACGUUUAAAUUGUAAGUUAAACUUAACUAUUUAAUUUAUGUAUGUUAUAAGCGUUUUAAAUUGUAACUUUAUUCUGUCACUUGCGUAUGUUGUCGCGCAAAUCAUGAAGGGAUGCACACGAGGCCUGAUUUUCUCCCCAAACCUGUUCGGUUAGUGAGUGUCUCACCCACAGCCGGUCAAACUGGAGAGACAGACACUCACAGCUGGAGCACUUACACUGAGGAAACUUUAUUAAGUUAAUUUGUUUUAUCUCGUUUGACUUUACACCCUCAAGAUGAGUGGUCGCCUUUGGACCGAGGAACAGUUCAACUGUCCAGUCUGUUUGGAUCUUCCAACCGACCCCGCGACCAUCCCUUGCGGCCACAGUUACUGCAUGGACUGCAUUGCGGAUUAUUGGAAUAACGAGGGAAGGAAAAACGGCUCCUACAGUUGUCCUGAAUGCCGGCAGACCUUUAACCCUCGUCCCACUCUCUGCCGGAACACAAUGCUGGCCGAAGCUGUGGAGCAGCUCCGCCGCGGUACCCUCAGCACCGCAGGCCGCGAGUCCAUCAAGAGCGCGCGGCGAGCAGCAAACUCCGCGUACGAGAAAGCAAACAAAGCCACCAAAGCCACUCGGAAAAAGCUGCCGGGUUCAGCCGUGCCAUGUGACCGCUGCCCGGAGCCCAAAGCAGCCGUGAAGACAUGUUUGGUGUGCAUGGCCUCGUUCUGCGAGACUCACCUGAAGCCCCACAACACGCAGGAGAAGCUGAAGAGCCACGAGCUGAUCGCGCCCACCGGAGACCUGAGCCAGAAGAUCUGCCCCGAGCACAAGUAUCUGCAGGAGUUCUUCUGCCGCUCCUGCCAGAUGUUCGUCUGCUGGCUCUGCACCAGCAACCAGCACAAGGGCCACGAAAGUGUGUCCACACAGGCCGAGAGGUCAGACAAACAGAAAGAGCUGGGCGCAGUUCUGUCAGAGAACCAUCAGAGGCUCCAGGACAGAGAGAGAGAGCUGAAAGACAUGAAGAAAGUCGUAGACACGCUCACGCGCUCCUCAGACAUGGUGCGAGACGAUGCGGAUGCUGUCCUCUCUGAGCUCCAGGAGUCAGUGCAGCGGAUGCUGGAUCUGCUGCUGGAUGUGAUGGUCUCCAGUGGGCAGGAGAAACUCACAGAGGCCCAGGAAGUGGUCAACAAACUGGAGGCCGAAGUCAAACAGCUGAAGAGAAAAGACGGAGAGCUGAAGGAGAUCAUCAACUGUCCUGACAAUAUACACUUUCUAAAGACAUAUCAGACUCUGUGUUGUCCGCUGGAGGCAGGAGAACUGGGAACUGUGACCGCCAACCCUGAAGCCACCUUUGAUGCCGUCAGGAGCGUCAUUGUCCAGUUUAGGGAGAGAGUGGAGGAGAUGUGUGACCAGGAGCUGGACAAGAUCAACAAGACCGUCUACAACACAACAGCGUUCACAGUGGCAGAACGAAACGGGCAGAAAACUGGCAUCAUGAAACUAUUUUCUGGGAAGGGAACCAGAGCUGGUCGUGCACAAGGACCUCCUCCACUGCCGUCAGUAAGCACACGAGGAUCUGUCAACACACGCACACAAGUCAGCAGAACCAGUGAGCCAAGAGCUAACAGAAGUAUUACGAACCCUCAAAGAUCAUCAAGAUCGCCGAGAGAGGAGCAAAACGACACCAACAGAAACCAAAAUGCAAGGACACAAAGUGAAACACAGAGAAGAGAAGAAAGAGAAAGCAAUGAUGCAGACAUCAGGAGUUUAAAUUCAGUGAGAUCAAGAGGGAGAGCGAGAGGAGAAAACAGAGAUCAGGAAAGUGAAAAUCAGACCUCUCAAAGACGUCAGAGUACACAGAGCAGAAGUACACGAGAUGAAGAACAAGCAGACCGCUGGAGUUUGAGUUCAGUCAGAUCGAGACUGAGGAGAGAGGAUAAAGAACCAGUGAAUGGAGGAUCUCAGAGUCCCUCACAGCAAAGAUCAAACCCUGCAGACAGACAGCAGACAGCCAGACAAUCGGACAGAUGGAGUCUGAGCUCUCUCUUACCCAGAAACAGGAGGAAGAAACAGGACACAGUGAAAGAGGCCACGCCCACUAUACCGGAGGCGGAGACAACGAGGCCUCGUAGCCCCACCUCUGCCAGUGUCUGGGGAGAGCCAACAGAAGUGAAUCCUGCUCUGUUCCUGGACUCACCUACAGACAAUCCCUUCAUCAAUCCAGCUUUCCCUACAUUGCGGGAGAUUAACAUUGACAGCAUUCAGGCUGCAGAGCCCAGAAGCAGAGAAGAGUUCCUGCAGUAUGCUUGUAAUCUGACUCUGGACCAAACCACAGCCCACCGCCGUCUGCUAGUGUCUGAUGGAGACUCGGUGGCCACCCUGCAGCAGACCACACAGCCAUACCCGGACGUCCCGCAGCGCUUCGAUGGCUGGACGCAGGUGCUCUGUCUGCAGCCGCUUACCUCUGACCGCUGCUACUGGGAGGUAGAGUGGAGGGGGCGAGGCUCAUCUGUGGGCGUGGUCAGUGGGUCCAUGCCUCGCAAAGGGGCGGAUUCGAGGGCGGGGCUUGGGUAUAACAGCCAAUCAUGGAGUUUGGAGCUGUCUGACAUGUGCUGCGCAGCCAUGCACGCUAAUCAGAAGGUGGAGAUCCCUGUGACCUACAGCCCUCGUGUCGGGGUGUUCCUGGACAGGAGCGCAGGGACUCUGAGUUUCUAUAGCGUGGAUGACGAGCUGCUGCCUCUUUAUAAGUUUCAGGGCUCGUUCCCGCAGUCGCUGUAUGCUGCGUUCGGGGUGGGCUGUGGCGUCGGGGUCGGCCUGGAUUUUGCCAUGGGGCAGUUCAGCUCCACUUCAGACAGCAUUAAAAUAUGUCCCUUGUGAGCAAAACAAAUCUUUUAACAAAACAAGCGAACAUACAGUACAUCAACUCCGCAUUCUCCAUCUAAAAAUUAAUUUUGAUUCUAACGCUUCUAGUUCACUUUUUGAUUAUUGUCCAUAAUUAGAGAAAUCUUAAUAUUUUAUAAAAAAAUACUUAAUACAGGGCUCGAAAUUUGUCACGGUUUUGGUGGCAUAUGCACCCGAAAUUUAAACUAUGCGAGCCCACAAUAUAUUUGGGAGAAUUUGUGCGACUGUAUAUAAUGGUUGUAGUGCUAAAAACGUGCUGAAUUGGUCUUCCCUACCGCGUAGACCUUAUAUUGGUUCAUAUUGGCUGCCAGUCACUCAAGGCUUUCUGCCAUCAGAUGACCGGGAGCUUUUAUGACCACAGGAAAAUGCAAACGGCUAAAGUUUGAGGAAGAAACAAUGAAAAGUAGGCGACACAGGUUUGCAAACCCACCUAAAGUUACAAAUAAUGACACCGAUGAUAUCGAUCAUGUGGUGAAUGUUCAUUCACCAGCCGAGAUCAACCGAGUGUUCAACCAACGCACAUUCAAGACAGCAUGAUAAUGAGAAAUGUAAUAAAGUGUUAGAAUUGUUGUGAUUGACGUCAUUAAUAAUAUUUUACAAUUAUUGGACGUUAAUUUUGGAAUUAUUGCACAAAUAUCAAUACCGCAUCACAGCAUUAGAUAUAGUUGUUUCUGGUUUUUGUUAGUCCUGAUUGAUGUUGUUUUCAAAUACAAUAAAUUUGUUAAUAUACAAUUUGCAGUGGCGCUUAUAAACUUUUGGUGGG